AUUAAGAGAGAGAAAGAUAUAGAGAGAGAAAGAGAGUGGCCGUUUCAACGGCCACCUCCAUCUCCACCUCAACACAUCUGGUUGGACACUCUCCAUCGUUCUUAUUCUCUUCCCCCACCCCUAUUUUCUGCUUUUCUCUUUUCCUCCAUUUUCUCGGGAAAAACCAAAAAGAAAAAAAAAAAAACCAAAAGAGAAGAAAAAAAGAAAAGAGGGGGAAAAAAAAAAUGGGUUAAUCGCCCCACACACAACCAAUUUUGUUCCCAUUCCUCCAAUUCAGCCUGCAUCACCGUCGAGUUCCCAAAACGAAAAUCCCAACGGUGCUUGCAAUGCCAAUCCGUUAAAAAAAAAAAACUUUUUUUUUCUUUCAAUUCUCCUCAAAUGUCAUCAUCUUAGAAAACCCAGAUUUUAAAUUUUCAAUUUUUUGCAAAGUUAACUCUUAAAUCGUUCAACUUUGGAAAAAAAAGAAGUUUAGAGGAGCAGAAGAUGCAGCACAACAUCUUUGCCACAAUGCGUAGCUUGAAGAUCAUGGACGGUUGCAAGGGCACUCAGGUCUACGCUCUCAACCCAUCCGGCACCGCCGGCGGCGGCGGAGGCGGCGGAAGUUGCAUGGGAGAGAAGCUCCUCCACCAACUCCACGACCACAUCAAAAGCCAAACCCUAAGGACCAAAUCUGUUCGGAACUUCCAACAACCUCCGAACCCGACAUCGUCCGAUGUUGUGGUCGCCGAGGGCGCUCUCCUCCCUUAUGGCCUUCCCAUGACGGAGCUUCUAGAACCCAAAAUCGAACCUUCCGUGAAACCCGUGGAUUUCGUCGAAACCCUCGCCGGGAUUUACCGUAGGAUUGAGAAUUGCCCGGAGUUUGACAAGUCCACGGCUUUCCUUGAGCAAUGUGCUGUCUUUCGCGGGCUUUCAGACCUGAAAUUGUUCCGGCGGAGCCUCCGGUCGGCCCGGGAGCACGCGGUGGACGUGCACACGAAGGUGGUGCUCGCCGCGUGGCUCCGCUAUGAGCGGAGGGAGGACGAGCUUAUUGGCUUGUCCUCUAUGGAUUGCAGUGGAAGAAACCUUGAAUGCCCUAGGGCUACCUUGGUUCCAGGGUAUGCCCCUGAAUCGGUGUAUGAUCCUUGUGCUUGCGCGUGUUCUAGCCGUGAUUCGGAUAAUGAGUCUUUGAUGAUGGUGGAUGAUGAGCAUGAGCAAUGUUCUACUUCGGAGGAGGAUGAUGGUGACAUGUCUUUUUGGAUUGGUGACGAGGAAAUUAGGUGUAGUAGAUUCGAUAUGGCCUCGCUUUCGAGGCCCUUCAAGGCAAUGUUGUAUGGUGGAUUCAUGGAAUCAAGGAGGGAGAAGAUAAAUUUUUCGUUGAAUGGGUUUUCCGUUGAGGCAAUGAGGGCUGCUGAGGUGUUUAGUAGGACUAAAAGGUUGAGCCAGUUUGACCCUAAUGUUGUUCUGGAAUUGCUCUCUUUGGCGAAUAGGUUUUGCUGUGAAGAGAUGAAGUGUGCUUGUGAUGCACACUUGGCAUCUCUGGUUCGUGACAUGGAGGAUGGCUUGUUGCUCAUUGAGUAUGGACUGGAGGAGACCGCGUACCUGCUGGUUGCGGCUUGUUUGCAGGUGUUUUUGAGGGAGCUCCCCGGUUCAAUGCAAUGUCAAAGUGUUGUGAAAAUGUUUUGUAGUCCAGAGGGUAGGGAUAGGCUGGCUCUGGCGGGGCAUGCUUCGUUUGUGUUGUAUUAUUUUUUGAGUCAGAUUGCAAUGGAGGAAGAGAUGAGGUCUAACAUGACCGUGAUGCUGUUGGAGAGAUUAGUAGAGUGCGCGAAAGAUGGUUGGGAGAAGCAACUUGCAUUUCACCAAUUAGGUGUUGUUAUGCAUGAGAGAAAAGAAUACAAAGAUGCACAGCAUUGGUUUGAGGCAGCAGUGGAGACAGGGCAUGUUUAUUCUUUAGUAGGAGUUGCAAGGGCCAAAUAUAAGCGCGGCCACACAUAUUCAGCAUAUAAACUGAUGAACUCCCUUAUUUCUGAUUAUAAACCAGUUGGUUGGAUGUAUCAAGAAAGGUCUUUGUAUUGUCAAGGGAAGGAGAAAAUGAUGGACUUGAUCUCUGCAACUGAGUUAGAUCCAACUCUUUCCUUUCCUUACAAAUACCGAGCCGUCUCUUUUUUGGAGGAGAACAAGAUUGGACCUGCCAUUUCAGAAAUCAAUAAAAUAAUUUGUUUCAAGGUUUCUCCAGACUGCCUUGAAUUGAGAGCUUGGUUUUUGAUUGCCAUGGAGGAUUAUGAAGGAGCCCUCAGAGAUGUAAGGGCAAUUUUGACAUUGGAUCCUAAUUAUAUGAUGUUCUAUGGGAAUAUGCAUGGUGAUCACUUGGUAGAACUACUCAGUCCUGUUGUUCAGAACUGGAGUCAGGCUGAUUGCUGGAUGCAAUUGUAUGACCGAUGGUCCUCUGUUGAUGACAUUGGUUCUUUGGCUGUUGUUCACCAGAUGUUAUCAAAUGACCCUGGAAAAAGUCUGUUACGUUUUCGGCAAUCUCUCCUUCUGUUACGGUUAAAUUCUCAAAAGGCAGCCAUGCACAGUUUGCGGCUGGCUAGAAAUCAUUCCACUUCUGACCAUGAAAGGCUUGUCUAUGAAGGAUGGAUAUUAUAUGACACCGGUCAUCGUGAAGAAGCAAUAGCAAAGGCUGAGGAGUCUAUUUCUAUUCAAAGAUCAUUUGAAGCUUACUUUCUCAAAGCUUAUGUGUUAGCCGACUCAAGUCUUGAUUCAGAGUCUUCAAAGUAUGUGAUCCAUCUUUUGGAGGAAGCUCUUAGAUGCCCUUCAGAUGGUCUUCGGAAAGGACAAGCACUAAAUAAUCUAGGGAGUGUCUACGUAGACUGCGAUAAGCUGGACCUUGCUGCUGACUGCUACAUGAAUGCACUCAACAUCAAGCAUACACGUGCACAUCAGGGGUUGGCACGUGUUUACCAUCUUAAAAAUCACCGCAAAGCUGCAUAUGAUGAGAUGACAAAGCUAAUAGAAAAGGCCUGGAAUAAUGCAUCAGCUUAUGAGAAACGUUCAGAAUAUUGUGAUCGUGACAUGGCAAAGAGUGAUCUUAGUAUGGCAACACAGUUGGAUCCUCUAAGGACUUAUCCAUAUAGAUAUAGGGCAGCAGUUUUAAUGGAUGAUCAUAAGGAAGCUGAAGCAAUAGCAGAGCUUACAAGAGCCAUCAAUUUUAAGCCAGACCUGCAACUGUUACAUCUUCGAGCUGCAUUUCAUGAUUCAAUGAGUGAUUAUGUUUCUACUGUCCGAGACUGUGAAGCAGCCCUUUGUCUUGAUCCUGGCCAUGCUGACACGCUUGAGCUUUGUAAUAAAGCACGGGAGCGGAUUAAAGAACAAAAGUGAGAGAAUAAGAUUUUUUUAUAAAGAAAUCAUGUUUUCUGAGUGUUCCCUAUGGGGGAACUAGCCUAUUCUUGCCAACCUAUACUUUUUUUACUCAUGAAGGUCCGGUAAUCAUCAGUGCCAUUUAUCUUUAGACUUUGUCUUCAGAAAAGACAUGGUCUAUAUCUUUCAGCUGGCCUUCUGGAAGUGGAACUACAGAAGAGAAAAGAACAAUUAGAAAGAUCAUUUUGAUUGAAACAGAAGGAGAACUAGAGGGGCAAGAUUGCUUGUAAAUAUAUGUAAUGACUUAUGCUUUUGUCAGGGGGUAUGGUCAAGUAGUGCAGAAAGCAGCUCCUGCUAUGCUCCACUGUGCCACACCAGCAAGAAUGGUGAUGAGAUAACAGUUAGACAAAACAUGUACAUGAAAAUCAAUUUAAGUCCAAGAUUUAGAUAUUUACCAUUAUAUUUUUUGGCUGAGCAAUUGCCAAUUCACAUUGUGUUGCAACAUUUUUUACUUUCUCUGUUGUAUAAAACAAUUUUCCCUGGCGACCCUUUUAACUUAUAUGGGUGAUGAGUUCUCUUUGGAGAAGUUAUAAAUACCCAGAUAUUUAAGUUUUCAACU